AUGCGACACACUGAGAACAUUAGCUGGUUGGAUGUCGGGCUUGCCGAAGACAACCGGUUUGUCAUCCACGACCAUGAUCGACUGAGUCAUGUCCUGCGGAUGUUGCCAAGCCCCGCUAGCCAGAUGCCUUCUCUAUGCCUCUUCCUUGGGGGUAUAGCAAAAAAUAAAGCGCUUCAACAACUUUUCCCGCGGAAUAACAUUGGAAGGCACAAAUCAGGCUCUGCUAUAGGCCUACGGUAUGAUAUCUCGUCGCUAGAAUCACCUAAUCCUAUCUUGUUUGCCGAUGGAAAUCCACAGCUUGAUCCUCGUCCCGGGCGGCGGCCUGAGGUUGGAGUUAGUCAUCCGGUCACAUGGGAAGCCGCAACCGCACAGGCAGUUCUCCAUGUUAUUUGGUAUCGGUUGAUGUUUAUCUUUGCAGACGCUAUCUGCAUAUUUGCCGACGAUUUCUCUGAUUUUUCAGACCUUGUUGAAUUCCUGAUAUCAUGCUUGAAUAACCCGUCAACGUCCUCCCUACCGCCCGCUGUACGACCGCGCCUAGUAGUCGUUUUUUCCAGUGGGGUGGUCGGGUCAAAGGAAACAAUACUAACUGAGAAGCUAUAUAGUCAGAAUGGCCGAACCAGCCCACGGCCUAUAGAAGCAAGUUUUUCUUCCAUCAAUAUGAUUCAGGUGGGAGAUGUUGGAUUAUCUGAAAGAGCAAGACAUGAACGUCUCCGGGCGUUACUCCUGGGCCAGCUCACUGAUAUGCAAGAGGUCCGUCAAGAUCACCAUGCACAGUUCACUGCUCUUCACCUGGUUGGCCUAUUUCAAUCAGCCCUAGGGCACAUAGCGACCCAUAUCGAUCAACCCUUCAACUUUAUCUGGGCUACAAGAGAAUGCCGUGAAGUACCUUUAAACAUAACAGACCACCUGGCCCACUACUGUGAAGUCGGGCUGUCUGCUGGUUAUACCUGUGAUGACCUGAUACCAAGCAUUGCUUCUGCCCUUCUUAUGGAUUUCUACGUACCUGGAACGGUUGACUAUGAGCCCAGGGAGGUUUUUCGCACAUUGUACCGAGACUCGUUUCUUCAUGGAAUAUGUUCAUCCACACAGUGCGCCUCAUUUGAAGAAAAAGAGGAGCAGGUAGAUAUGAUUGAAUGCAAUAUGGUCUACCUGUUCGAUAAACUGGAGCGAGGGUCGAUAGAUUCAGCAACUCUUCGUAAAGAAGAGCUCUUAUCCUAUCGUGGCCGACUUUGUCGACUGCGGUCGACCCGCAUCUGUCUAUAUUGCCUCCUUCGUACUGCUCAACAUUCUUUGUCCUGUGGCCACACAAUGUGCGACAUUUGCGCCCAGGUAUUCGGGAGGCCAGCAUCAGACAUAGAGUACCGGUUCACAAUCACCGAGUGUUUGUACUGCCUCUAUCAAUCCCCAUUGGUGAUUGAUGUACUUCCCCCUACUAUGAAUCCAACAAUACUUGCAAUUGAUGGAGGCGGGGUUCGAGGUGUUAUUCCGCUUGAGUUCCUUGUACUUGUGCAGGAGAGCCUUGGUCCAUCUUGCCCGAUAUGGGAGCUGAUUGAUCUCGGAAUUGGGACCAGCUCAGAAGUAGGGGGACUCAGCAUUCUGGGACUUCUGAAAAUGAGGUGGGAUGUUCAGACAUGCAUUACAGUAUUCAUGAGUCUGGCACGACGGAUUUUUGAUCGUCGACGCAAUUCGAUAUUUUCCCAAUCUCAUUUGAUCUCCUGCGUCCAUAAGUGGCUUCUGUGGCUUCUUCAUGACGGUUGCUAUGAUAGCCAUGUCUUUGACUUGGCUCUAAUGGAGGCCUUUGGGAAACAGACACGUCUAUUUGACUCCGAAGCUCAACCAUCUUCCAAGCCAACAGUCUCAAGUACUAAAGUAGGAGUCGUUGCUGCGAGCAUCGCUAAGAACACCCGCUCUUUUAUUUUUGGCAAUUUCAACGGCCACGAGAUUGUGAAAGAAAACAGUGACUGUGAAGCCUGUGAACUUAACAUCAUUCGUCCAGCACAGGCUGGCCUAGAACCAAAAACUUGGGAAGCCGCCAGAGCCACAGCAGCAGCGCCUUUCCUCUACCCGCCUGCCUAUAUCCGAGGCAUUGGCUCUUUCCAAGAUGGUGGGCUCACAGACAAUUUUGCUGCCGAUAUUGCUCGUCGUUUAUGCCGUUGCAUAUGGCCUACACGUAAGCAACCUGCCCGACUUUUGUCUCUCGGCACUGGGAAAAUGAGUCAACCUCCCGACAAAACGCCCCAGUUUCGUCAUGUAUUCAGGGAUGGUUUUCUCCGGCGGGGUUUCGACGCCUGGAUGUCUUCCAUGGAUACAGAGCCUAAGUGGCAGGCGAUGGUCAGCCAUGUAGACGCUGACCAAAAAGAAGUCUAUACUCGCUUUAACGUACAGCUACAAGAUAUUCCCGAUUCUAUUGACAGUAUUGAGAGCAUGGAUGAAUAUCGCAACCUGGUCAUUCUUCAGACAGGCAGUGCCAGAGUUGCCAAAGACAUCGCCAUCGGAUGGCUGGUCGCCCGAUUUUACUUCGUCUUAGACCUCGCGCCUGAAACAAGCACAACGCCGUUCUGGUGCCAUGGUACGAUCCGGUGUAAGGGAAACGCAACCCACAUAGUAGCCGCUCUCGAGCGUCUCUGGUCCCAACGAGUCGACUUCACAACUGAUAGUGAUGCCUUGGGCCGCUUCAAUGGUGUUGAGGAUAUUUGCUCUUCCUGUAGGCGGUACCGUAAGCCAGUUUCUAUUCUAGUGCAUCACUUAGAGGAGUCUGUGAGCAUCCACUUGCAAGCUGGCAGGCAGAGACGCUGGAGGAUAAAUGGAUUUCCGGAAUGCAUGCAGUCGAUCAUCACAAAACAAGAAAUGUGCGCGGCAUUCGGCCGAACCACACAUGAUCGCCCCACUGCUGCAACCUGCUCCAAGUGCGAUUCCUACGAAAUCUCGCUUCGAGGCAAGCGCAGAAAACGGGAUUCAGAAUUGCCCCACAGUGGCCAGGGGAUCAAGAGAGUUUGUAUCAAUGUGGGGCAGUUUCGGGCGGAUUAGC